CCUUUCUUUCCCCUCCAACCCCAGGUGAUGAAUAACUCAGGCCCCUACAAGAACUUCCAGAUCGAGGUGAAGAAAGGGGGGUACUUCCUGCAUGGCUCCAACAAAUCCUUUGCAUCCUUGAAAGACCUCAUGGAUCACCUGAAGGGACAGAUCCUGCGGACAGACAACAUCAGCUUCACCCUGAAGAGGUGCUGCCAGCCCAGACCCAGAGAAAUCUCCAACCUGCUGGUGGCCACCAAGAAGGCCCAGGAGUGGCAGCCAGUGUAUCCCAUGGGGCAGCUGAGCUUCCACCGCAUCCGCAAGGAGGAGAUCGUGCAGGUGGGAGCCUGGGGGGCUGCAUGCAGGGACCCCCAGAGCCUGGCCUUAGCAUUUAGAGCUUGGAAUUAAACCCUGCAUCUGACCUGAGACCUUGGGAAAGGCUCCCAGGCUGAGGUGCCAGAAGCGAGAAUGUGGAGUUAUAAAAUAAAUGUGUAUUUUUAAAGCAGAGACCUGU